AGUUCUAGGAAAGAUCUUAAUGUUGCAAUAAAUCUGACUCAGCACAGCACGGCACCAGUGUUCCGUCGAGGCAGCGGCCGUAUCCAAGUCCGUAACUACAAACCUCAUCAUCAUCAUCAUCAUCAUCAUCCUCAACAACAUGGCGCCAGCGUACAGCUGGACCGCACAUAGACGCCACGGCACUUCUUCAGCAAGUUACUUUACUCACUAAACGCAGCGUCGCGAAGAUUUUUUUUGUAUCUUUUCUUUUUACUUUUCUUGUUACUCUGUUCGUUUGUGCUUUUUGACAAACAAAGAUUAGCAGUUUUGGUCAUAUUAGUCUCAACAACUCACCUGCUUUAGCAAAAAGAACAGACCGUACUGGAUUCACUAACUGUUGCAGUAUUUCUCAUAGUAAAAGGAAAGUGAGCACUGAGAUUACGCAGACGGGAAAAUCACUUUUUUUCCAGAAAAAUAAGCCAUGUAACUGUGCUCGAAAGACUUUUCUUCAGAGGACAUGCAUCUAAACAUGAGCGAAAAUAACUGUCCUUUUGAAGAAAGGGAUAGAGACAGACUUCCUCCUAUACUAAAUCAUAGCUUGGAUCGUGGACCAAAGUUCCCUUUCCCCUCUUAUGGAAGCUUCAUCUCUACCCUGAAUCACAAAAGAGAGUCAGGCAGCCACAGUCUUUCUUCUUCGCUCCUGCUACCUGCAGUCAAACAAGUGAGAGAGCUUCCCCCAAUAUGUCCAGAUGUGAGACAGAAACAUCGUAUCUCUAUUGAUGUUCUCCCUCCAGAGGUGAAGGCUCGUUUUUUCUUAGAACCCAUUAUUCCCAUUCGGACCAAAACCGCCAAAGAGUUUCAGGAUGAUGUCGAGAGGGCAACUAUCUCAGGGGAUUGGAAGCAAGUUCAUGAUUUCUACUUGACCACAUUUGACUCCUUUUUGGAACUCAAUGGUGCAUUUAAGAAAGAAGCAAAUGCUCCCUUCAACACUAUUGAAGACUCAGGAAUAAACAUCAAAUUUGUCAAUAUUGUUUAUGAUGCCUUACUCCACACGCCCGCAGAUACACAGAAAUCAGUCCUGAAGGGAAUUAUUAAUAGCUUAUUAAGAGAAUGGAAAGGGCCUCGCACAAAGGAUGACCUUAGAGCAUAUUUUGUUCUUGUGCAGAACCCUCAGUACACCAGCCCAGCCACAUAUGUCAUCUAUGCACACUUACUGAGGCAAAUAGCAGCCCUGGCUGAAGCGGACCACCAUUUCCUGAUGCACUGGUUUAAAAAGCUGUCUCAGAAGCGUUUCAAACAGCUGGUGGAGCGUUUGCAGCUCUUCAUCACUACCCGCCUAUUUCCUGCCAAGCCAGAGGAGUUGCCGCCCAUGGCCAAAUGCUCCUGGUGGAUUCCCUCAGCCACUAAAGUCCUUUCCCUCCUUAAUGCCGCAAACAGCAUUUCCACUCCCCCUAUCAUCCCUUUCACUGAUUUAUACAACCUAACAUUGGACCACAUAGACUUUAUGGAGGAUUACCACACAUGGCAGGCUCACGGAAAUUCAAACAGGUUCACCUUCUGUCAGUUCCCCUUCAUCCUGUCCACAGUGGUGAAGAAGGCCAUCAUUCAGAGAGACUCUGAGCAGCAGAUGAUCAGCAUGGCCAGGCAAACCCUGGUGGACAAGGUUUCUCGCAGGCAGAGGGUGGAUAUGAGUCUACUGUUUCUCAACAUUAAAGUUAGGCGUCUGCAGCUGGUCAGUGACUCACUGGAUGAGCUUUCGAGAAAGCGAGCAGACCUGAAGAAAAAACUGAAAGUGACGUUUGUUGGGGAAGCAGGGUUGGACAUGGGUGGACUCACAAAAGAGUGGUUUCUCCUCCUGAUUCGACAGAUUUUUCACACAGACUAUGGCAUGUUCACGUAUGUGAAGGAGUCCCAGUGUCAUUGGUUCAGCAGCUGGAAAUGUGACAACUACUCUGAGUUCCGAUUGGUUGGAGCUCUCAUGGGCUUGGCAGUGUACAACAGCAUCACACUGGACAUCCGCUUCCCCCCUUGCGUCUACAAGAAGCUGCUGACCCCACCCAUUGUGCCAUGUGACCUCGACACCACUGUUGGCAUGGCGACCCUCACCUUGGACGACCUCCAGCAGAUUAUGCCUGAUCUUGCCCAUGGACUUGGGGAACUCCUCAACUAUGAAGGAAAUGUUGAAGAGGACUUCUAUACCACAUUUCAGGUUUUUCAAGAAGAACUUGGAGUGAUCAAGUCAUAUAAUCUGAAACCAGGAGGGGACAAGAUCCCUGUAACAAACUUAAACAGAAAAGAAUAUGUCCAGCUCUACAUUGAUUUCCUGCUGAAUAAGUCCAUCUACAGGCAGUUUGCUGCUUUCUAUCAUGGUUUUCAUAGUGUUUGUGCCUCAAAUGCCCUGAUGCUUUUAAGGCCAGAGGAGGUUGAGAUCCUUGUUUGUGGAAGUCCUAACCUGGACAUGGGUUCUCUUCAGCGAGUGGUACAGUAUGAGGGCUACAGCAAGACUGACCCCACCAUCCGAGCCUUCUGGGACGUGGUACUGGCAUUUCCUUUGGAGCUGCAGAAGAAACUGCUCCACUUUACCACAGGAAGUGACCGUGUUCCUGUGGGUGGAAUGGCCGACCUCAAUUUCAAGAUCUCCAAGAUUGAUGUUUCCACUGACUGGCUCCCAGUGUCACAUACAUGUUUCAACCAGAUCUGUCUACCUCCAUACAAGAGCAAGAAAGAACUACGGCAGAAAUUAACUAUUGCCAUUUCAAAUGCAGAGGGCUUCGGAUUGGAGUAGAUUACAGUUGUGGAUAACCUAACUCAUGGCUGUAUUUAACCCGCGUCCACUGAAAGAAUAUGGCUGUGAUAGUUCUAUUACUUGUUUUUAACAGAAAACAGGGUUGUGCCUUUUAAAUUCUUGUUCAGUUUCUGGAUUUGAAUUGAGGUAACAAACAAGAUGCAGAAUUGCAAAUUGAAAUUGUAUGCAAGGAAGUGGAAAUAAAAUAAAUUAAAACUUCAAUAAAGUUCAUAUUUACUAUUGUUCAAAAGUUUAGGAAAGAGAUUAAAACUUUCAUUCAAGAAAGUUGCAAUAAAUUGAUUAAAAAAGACAAAUACAUUUAUAGUGAUACAGUAAAGACAUGUUACAAAAAUUAGUAAGUAAAACUUAGUAAAAGAUUACUAAGAUAAUUCAAAUAAAUGCUAAACUUUCUAUUAAUCAAAGAAUCCUGAAAAUUUUUUUUUUCCACACUAAUAAUAAUCAAAAAUGUUUCUUGUAGGGAUGCACAAUAUUGGAUGUUCACUGAUAACUGAUAUGGCGAUAAUUUUCAACUCGUUUUGGCCAAUUACCGAUGCGAUACCGAUAUAUAAUUAUUUUUUGGUUUUGGUUAGUUUUUAACAAUAACUUAAUUGUUAGAAUUAAAAAAAAAACAAUAGUAAAGUUAUUUUAUAAUGACAGUACAUUGAAGAUUUGAAAAUAAUUAUAAAUAAGGUAUAUAUUAAUCACUGCAUUUUUUUCUUCCAAGAAAAUGCAGUGGUAACCUUUAACAUUUAUUUUAAGAUUUAACAUUUAUAGAUGGUCAAAAGCAAAAGUGUUGUAAAAAUUCUGAAAAUAUUUUAGAGCUCAUAAUUUGUUUAGAUUUUCUUUGCUUCAAGAACGAGCCGCAAUGCUGAUGUGAUCUAAUCGCUAGCACACCCUGAGUCAAUGUAUUCCCCUUAUCGGCAAGAUAUAUCGGCAUAAUUUUUCAUAUCGGGUCGAUGCCGAUAUUUACAUUUAAAGCCAUCAUCUACCGAUUCCGAUAUUGGUCAGAUAAUAUCGUGCAUCCCUAGUUUCUUGAGCACUUGGGUAAUGGACUUGAUCCUUAAGACUAGAGUAAUUACUGCUGAAAUUUAAUCUUUGCCAUCAGAUGAAUAAAUAACAUUUUAAAAUAAAUAGAAAGCAGUUAUUUUAAAUUGUAAUAAUCUUUCACAUAAUAUUCUUUCUGCAGUAAAAUCCACUUCCUGUAAUGUGCUCUAUUCAGUUCUCACUCAUUAAGGAAUUAAUUAUGAGACAAAUCUGCAAUUCUGAAUUUGGCUCAACCCUGACAGCCACAUAAGGUUAGCAUGAAGGUAAUGCACAGCAGUAAUAAUAUAAGCUCUAGAUGUAAAGUUUAAGCAGUAUGAUGUAUUGUGGAUUAUGUGUAUGGAGUAGAAUUAUUUUUUGGGAACCAGGGUUCUAUGAGGAACCCAGUAAACUGUUUGUCUUUAGUCAAUGUGUGAUUUGCACUCAUCAUUGCUGUCUGUUUGAGUGAAGGACCAAACAUUUUAUGUGGUAUUAGAAUAUGUGGAUUUUAUAGACUAUAUAGUAGAUGUCUGUUCAAGAAGCUCCAUUCUGCUACAAUGUAAAAUUAAAAUGAAAUAUAUUUCUUCUUCAGCACUGGCCUGGUAAUGUCCCAUGCUCCUGUUAAAAUUAUGUCAGUAAGGGGCUUGGUCUCAGCUAAAAUAGCCUGGCAAACAGUCUGUCAAACUUGCCCAGCAUUCUUAAAGAGACAGUGCUUUGUCGCAAGGGGUACAGGAGCCCACAGUUAAUAGAAGCUUCUGUGUGAAAUGUUUCUUAAAUCAAGCAUUAUCUUUGCUUCUGAUUAGCUUUUAAAAUGUAGCUGUUAAUAAACUUUAAACGUUUAAAAGUUCUGAGCUCAAACGUCAGUUGGGUGUAGUUUAGUAAUUGUUGACAACCCUUUCUCAACCUCUCUUGGGCAUGAAAGGAAUAUUGGUAAUGUGACAAAAAAAUUUUGUGAAUAUGUCUGUGUCAGUGAUUGUUUCAUGUUGACUAGCCAUAACAUCGAAGAACUGUUUUUUUUUUUUUUUUUUUUUUCUCGAGAUGGUGAUUCUGGUUAUUCUUCAGAUAGAGUGGUUGACAGCAGUAUGGUCACAACAAAAAACUUUAUUUAUUUUUAUGACUAAUGCUCUGCUUUCCCAAUUCAUUUAGGACUCUGAGGUCUAGUUAUACUGCAGUAUGCUUAGUAUGCUAGUAGAUGACCUUUAACUAGUGGGUUGUAUGUCAGUCAUCCAAGUUAUCUUGGCUUGGCUUGUGAGAUUGGAUGCUUGUAGGUGGUGUAUUUUUGCAUAUUUCUGGCUCGUCAUGUCCUCUGUUUAUCUGAAUCACUCCAGUCUUCAUGCUAUGGUUUUAUGUUCUCCAAAGACUGAAUACAAAUGUAUUUACAAUGUAUUUAUUUCAACUUUGAUCAUUAAUUUUUUUAUGAAUAAAGUUAUACGACAAGGU